AUGGCGGAAGACGCGGAGGCGUUCCCCUCGCAGUACGACGAGAACGGGGACAGCUCCUGGGACAAGGUGGAGAAGGACCUCCGCGGCGCGGAGCUGCGAUUAACCUGCCGGAUGCCCGACGGCAAGGAGCACAAGAUCACGUGCAACCUUGGCCACGACGUUGCGUACGCGAAGGGCCUGCUGUGCAAGAUGAUCUCGGCC